UGCUGUGUCUGAUCCACUCAGACCAGCGCAACACACACUAACAAACCACCACCCUGUCAGUGUUACUGCAACGUUGAGAAUGAUCCACUAUCCAAAUAGUACCUGCUCUGUGAGGAAUAUAAUACAAGACCCAUUUAGAUCUCUUUAAUCUGCAGCUCAGGUCAGUGAGUCACUGAUUAAACUUCAUACAUUUUGAUCAUAACAUUUUCCUAAAAUAAUGGUAAUUCACUUAUUACAGUAUGCUGGACUUACUGGUCCAGGACUUCCAGAAAGACUCCAUCUGUAUUUGCUUGUGUGUAAACAUAAGCCAUAGUUAAUCUUUAGCGGUUAAGAGACAAAUAAUGUCUCUAUAUGUUUUAAUAUGCACUGCUGUUGAUAUGGAUUAAAAAUGAUUUUACCCUUUGUCCUUGAAGAGAAUAAAACAACCUGUGGUUUGAUCUAAAACAGUACAGACUCUCAAAUGCAUGCAAAGCUGUAACCUGACACUCAGUGGGUUUAUUUAUUUAUUUUAGUUAAUAGAUUAAAUCUUAACCUGCUUGUUUGGACAUUUACAAGCUCAGUGUACACUGAAUACAUCACUCACUUAUAUGUACUGAUCAGUCAUUUAAAUCAAGCAGCUAUUUCUUUUUUCUGACGACACAUUCAUUUUGUUUUGCUAUAUCAGAACCCAGUGCCGUGAUUUCUGUUUUCCUCCACGUAGCAACAUGAUGCCACAUCUAUUAGUUCUUUAAAGAGAGUAUAUGUUUAUAAGUUUAGUAUAUGUUUAGUCAGUUUAUAAGUAUAGUAUUUUCAUCAUUAAUGAACAGUUCAUGUGCAAUUUUGAUAUGAUUAUGGUACAAAUCAAGCCACUUUUGUUUUAAUACAUCAUACAUAAGCCAUUGUAGACAGUGAGAGGCGUAUUUAAAUCAUUUACCAGUUGAGCAGUUUGGUUAAAGGAUCUGCACACACAGCUGACCCACAGAACAGAAGCACUCUGAACAGUUAAAUAUGUAACAGCUCUCUGUUCUGUCUCCAAAGUCUGUGUUUGCUCUCACGGUUUCUUAACUCCUGUUGUCAUUUAACUUUUUACAUGAAGCCAUUAUCUGGUUAAUGUGUGGAAUUUCUGUGGAUUAGACCAGUGGCGCCCUAAACCGGUUCUCAAAAAACUCAAAUUACACAAGCUAACGUGUGUGCUACAUUUCCACUCAGCACGCUCCAACCACGCAGUUGGAAGCUUGAUUUUACUUCUGAUAACUUCUGUGUUUGGGCUGUGGUUGAUCUGAUAUGGAGAAGGAGUGGACAUAUCUGACAGCUGAGGGCUAUGUCUUCAGCAGCCACCGCGCCCCCGUCCGUGGAUAAGGUGGACGGCUUCUCCAGGAAGUCAGUCCGGAAAGCCAAGCAGAAGCGAGCACAGAGCUCAUCACAGUUCAGAUCUCAGGACAAACCUAUUGAGCUGGUGCAGCUGCCACUGCUGAAAGAUGUGUCUGCCCAAGAGCAGCCAGAGUUGUUUCUGAAGAAACUGCAGCAGUGCUGCACGCUGUUUGAUUUCAUGGACACACUGUCUGACCUCAAGAUGAAGGAGUACAAACGCUCCACUCUCAAUGAGCUGGUGGACUACGUCACAGUCAGCCGGGGUUACCUUACUGAGCAGACCUAUCCUGAAGUUGUCAAAAUGGUGUCCUGUAACAUAUUCCGGACCCUUCCACCUAGUGACAGUAAUGAGUUUGACCCAGAGGAGGAUGAGCCCACUCUGGAGGCCUCGUGGCCACACUUACAGCUUGUCUAUGAGUUCUUCAUUCGCUUCUUGGAGAGUCAAGAAUUUCAGCCCAGCAUUGCCAAAAAAUACAUUGACCAGAAAUUUGUACUACAGCUCCUGGAGCUGUUUGACAGUGAGGACCCUCGGGAGAGGGACUGUCUGAAGACUGUCCUGCACAGAAUUUAUGGCAAGUUCCUUGGCCUCAGGGCCUUCAUCCGUAAACAGAUCAACAACAUUUUUCUAGGGUUUGUGUAUGAAACGGAGCACUUCAAUGGAGUGGCCGAACUGCUGGAGAUCUUGGGAAGCAUCAUCAAUGGUUUUGCACUCCCUCUGAAAGCUGAACACAAGCAGUUCCUGGUGAAAGUGUUACUGCCCCUGCACUCAGCCAGGAGUCUGUCCCUCUUCCAUGCACAGCUGGCUUACUGUAUUGUCCAGUUCCUAGAGAAAGAUCCCACGCUAACAGAACCUGUGAUAAGAGGAUUGUUGAAGUUUUGGCCAAAAACCUGCAGUCAGAAAGAGGUUAUGUUCCUUGGAGAGCUGGAGGAGAUCCUGGAUGUGAUUGAGCCCACACAGUUUGUCAAGAUUCAGGAGCCACUGUUCAAGCAGAUCUCCAGAUGUGUGUCCAGCCCACACUUUCAGGUGGCUGAGCGAGCACUGUACUACUGGAACAACGAGUACAUUAUGAGUCUGAUUGAGGAGAACUCCAGCGUUAUCUUGCCCAUCAUGUUUGCCAGUCUCUACAGGAUCUCUAAAGAGCACUGGAACCCAGCGAUAUCUGCUUUAAUCUACAAUGUGCUUAAAGCAUUCAUGGAGAUGAACAGCGCGCUGUUUGAUGACCUUGCUGCCACUUACAAAUCGGACCGUCAGAGGGAAAAGAAGAAGGAGAAGGAGCGAGAGGACCUGUGGCGGAAGCUGGAGGAGCUGGAGCUGAGACGGGGCAUCCAAAACAGUGAUGGCAUCAUUCCCACCUAACAUGGAUGUGGCUCCACCCUUCCAUCUGGCUCCAACCAAUGGCCCUCUCUUCUCUGCCACAGGGACUCCACCCUUUCCAUGCUUCUUGUGCUACAUAAUUUACUGUACACUCCUGCGUUCGUCUGUCCCCCACCCCCCAACAGCACUGUAAAAAUCCCUGCUCUGUUUCCUUUACAAUGAUACUACACUGAAACAAUAGACAAUGAAAAAGGAGAAAAACAAAAGAAAAGGAGAAAAAGUGGCGUGUGUACCUUAGGGGAGAAAAGACUAUGUACACUCCUUGCUGUUUAAAAAAAAAAAAACAAAACAAAAAAAAAAAGAGAGAAAGAAAGAAGCGAUAAUCAACCAUGGUGAAAGGAUAUAUUUUGAAAACCCUUUGCCUGAGAACAGGAGCUUAAUUUCAUGUUUUUAAAGAGUGUGGUCCCAAAGGUCCCUCAGUGAGCAGUGGGCUCCACAUCCGUUAUAUCACACAGUCUUGUGAAGCCCCCCUUCUCCGUCCCACAUUCUUUUUUUUUUUUCUUUUUUUUUCCCCCCUCAAAGAGUGACUUGAUCGCACAGAGCAACAUUUAUAUUUCCAUGUACAAGUGCGGCUACUGUACCAGAAUAUCCAGCCUUCACAAAGACAAGACAAGACAAGAAUGAAGACCAUAAAGACAAAUGAGUAGGAGUGAGAAAUUAAUUACUGUGGUCCUUUUUGUUGCCUCCAUCUCUCUCCCCCCUCUGCCCCCCCCCACAAGAACAUCAAGAAUGUCAUCAUUUUUUUUGCUUUUGUUUUAAGGAAGGUGCCAGUCUGGCACUGGUACCAUCAACCAGGAAUCGCUUCAUGAAUACAGCAGGCAGUGGUAGGCUACAGUGGUUACCACAACCUUUAUCUCCCAGAAGUAUUUUUUUAACAUUUGGAACAGGUAAUGACCUGCUGUCUGUUAACAGCUCCAUGCUGUGUUUCUCUGGAGACCUCUUUGAAAUUUCAGUCGGGCAGUUCUGUUUACCAAGAAUGCCGCUGCAGUUUAAGUAUGGCUUCAGGCCUGAGUUUUUCAGACACUAUCGAGGACUCUGUUCAUCUUUUCUUGUGGGGCAGUGUUCAGAGCUUAUUCAGUGUAUUUUUAUUUUUUAAUAAAUAAAGCUAAACAGUUUUGUUUUAAUCUCUUAUCCUGAACUUUUAGCCAUGGACGACUCUGAUAUCUACUGCUCUUCUUUGGUCAGAUUUUGGAGUUCACAAUGGUUGGCUGCCCUUAAAAUGAUUGAGUAGAGUUACAUGAUUUUUACAGGAGUGUUUGGAAUGACAACCUGCAUAUGUGGGGUAUUUUUAUGGCCCACUUGGGAAAACGCUGAUCCAGUAAGUCUUAUUCCUCAACAGAAAUACCAGCCGCCGCAGUGGGUUAGGACUAAAGCACUUCGAGUUAGACAAUUUGUUGUGUUCACAGGACUCAGUAUUCGUAUGUUUUUUUUUUUUUUUUUUGUUUUGUUUUAUUGUUUAUUUCAAAUCUAAAUCAUGGGUGUGGAUAUUACACGCGAGAAAGAUGUAUUUUUUUUUUCUUUUUGGCUUGAUCUCUCUCUCUCUGUCUUUUUCUUUUUUCUUGCUCUCUCUCUCGCUCUCUGUCUCUGUCUCUCUCUCUGGGCCUCUCUAUCCCUCAUCCCUUCCAUGCAUAUUGUGUGUUUUAUGAUGGCCCAUCUAAGUUUAUGUUAAAGAAAAUUUCAAAAGAAAGGGUUUGAUGAAUAGAAUAAAUCUAAUUAUUUUAAAAAGACAGAGAUAUUAAAUAAACCUGUUUUUGUGAUAAA